AUGCUGGGUAGCACAAAGUUUUUUGGCCUGACUGGCCCCGAGGCAAUGGUCUACAACCACUUUGUGGUGAACUCGAUUCUGGCCGGAUUCUUCUUCGGUUUUCAGUCGGUGGUCUUCUGUCUGCUUUUCUUCGUCUUCUUUUUCGAAAGUCUCGUUGUCUACGCCAACUGGGGAUUCAUGAUCUUCUCCUAUAUCAUCUGCGAGAUGAUCGGAGUUCUUUUUCUCAUCCACCACGCACUUUUCGAAGUGCUGAAGCCUUUGGUUUUCAAAACGUUAGUUUUCGAUCUUUUGAAGAAAUUUUUUAAAAGUUAGAUGAAGAAGAAAAUACUUGGAGACGUCGGUUUUUUUUGUCUCUUUUUUUUGUUAUAGCCCAUUCCGCGACAGCUUUUCACGUUUUUUUUUCUCUGCAAAAUGACCGUAUAUAUACCUAAUUGGACUAGCUUCGCUUCAAGACCUUUGUUUUUGCUGUCUUCUUUGCAUUUCUUUAGAGAAAAAUCUCCAGAAAGGCUGCUCCGAUUUUUUCUUUAAAAACGGUCUUGCGCGGAACACCCUAAAUUGCUUGAUACGGAAAAUUUUCGUUUUCAGAGCUCGCUCAGAAGAAACCAUGGAGAAGGAGUAUCUCACAAUGGCGGCCUGUUUCUACAUUCUGCUCAUCUCCGCCUCGAUUCAUCGUUUCUUCACUCUUCUUGAGCUUUUCGAACGGAAAGAUGGCGACUUUUGUGACAACCAGCCUCACGUCGCUUAUAUGCACAGCAGUGAAACUCCGAGGCGCCAAUCGAGUGUCGAAAUGUGUUGUUUGGCACUUUAAAUUCUUUUUUUCUGUUGUUGUUAUCACUGAACCAAUUUAAUAAUUUUUCAAAGUUUUUCAAUUUUUUUAAAUUUUCUUACAGAAUUUUUACAGCUAAAAACUAAUUUUUUUACUCAAAUUUUUUUUCGGAUAAAUCUCACUUAUUUUUUUGUGCUUUGUUAUUUGUUAUUUCGUUGUUGUUUUCUGUACAUACUCAAUAAAAGUUGUUCAGAUCUGCUUAUUAUUUUUUUAAGAAUCCAAAUUGUUUGAGAACAUUUGCGAGUUCGAACUCAUAAUAUUUUUCAUAUCAUUUUCGAAAUCAAAUGAUAAAAUAACUUACUUUCCUCAAAUUGAAUUCCAUUUUUGUUAUAAUUUUUCGAAAAAUAUAUUUCGCGAUCUCACUGAAAAAAAAAAAUAAAAUUUUUGAGCGCUUUUUUAAAAAAAAGUUAGCGUCGCUAGUUUGAUUAUUUUCAAUCGUUAAGGGUUUUUUUUUCAUUUUGUUUGUGAAAUUCAUAUUUCAUUUAAGAUCUUAUCAAAUAAGUUUGUAUGAACAAAGUUCAUGGCGUUUCAAUUAGGCGUGGUCCAAGUCUUAAUCGAAAAAAAUUCCUCUCUUUGAAGCCGUUAUCAUAUCUUUCAAUGAUAUCGAACUUCAUAUGAUUCAUUAUUGAAAAAAAAGUUUCCUACUUGUCUUUCUUCAUACCAAAGUCACUGAAAAAAAGACCUUGUAAUUCUUUUUAAUUAUAAAGUUAUAAUAAUCUAGCUGUAUUUUAUUACAGAUCGCUCUCAAAAUGACUCCACGCGUGAAGCUUUUCGGCUUCCCAUUCUUUGAAUUUAUGAUCUACGCCCACGAUUUACUGAGCUUAAUUUUGGCUUACGGUUUCUUCUGCUUCUUGGAAACCGACGCAUUUAUCCUGGCCUUUUUCUCCUGUUUCGAGGCCCUGACCGUGUUGAGCAAGAACUUUCUCAUGAUUUUCUUCUGUCUUCUCUUCGAUAUCUUCCUCGUCAUGUACUUUUUCGUGCAUAUUUUAUUCAAAGUGCUCGUCCCAAUGAUUAUAAUUCUCUUAUUUACUGACAAGCGGUGAGUCAUUCUUUUCUCCAGCUUUUCACGAUUUUUUCUCUCCGAGCUACAGAACCCUUCUCUUCAAUGCACGUGGCCUGUCUCUAGGCAUGCGCCUUUCAUUUAGCCAAAGUUUGGUCUUAUAUUAAAGGAGCAUGCAUAGAGACAGACAGAGAGCAUGGAAGGGAAGGGUUCUGUAGCUUGGAGAAAAGGGAAAAUCAAGACCAGCUAUAGGAAAAUUUUCAAACCGAGUAAAACCAUUGAAUAACAGACAAUCAACUCAAUGUCUGAAAAAAAUUGCUUUUUGUUCAAAUCAAAAUCAACCUUAGAGACGAGCUGUACGACUUUUUGAUCGUUCUGUUGUUCUAUUCGACUCUUCUCGUCGUCUCCGUCAACCGAUUUUCGCUUUUCCUUGAGUUCUCUCACCGCGAGUUCUGCAACGACGACUCCUGUGGAUAUUGUGGCGGAGAAGAAUCCGAAGUCGGAAGUCCCGAGGAUCGGAGACGUUCUGUGAUGGACGACAUUUGUUAA